UAUACAUUCAAGCUAGACAGAUUCGUAGGAGAAUCACAUGCAGGCUUUUCUUGCAGUAUCGCUUGUAUAAAGUUCCAGAUUGCUGCAGUCCUCCAGUGCAUGAAACAGCAGUAUGGUCAAGGAAGGGAGCCGAGCGCUCAGUGCGGGCCAGAUGGGGCCACGGGAUGUUCAGACACCUGCAUCAGACAAGAUCCCAGCAUGGUCCGCUGCGCCCAGUCAGACAUGCUGCACGACACGUGUAUGGAUUUUGAUUGUGACUUUGUGCUGCGCCAUAACCAUAACCAGCUUGGCAAUCCUUAUAUGGAGAGAAGUUCCAACUGGGGACCACGAAGCAGAGGUGAACGAGCGGUUCCCUGGGUUCUUCCGGACGGUGGAGCAACAGUUUGACUUCGAGCAGGCAUUCUUCAACAUCUCCUCACAGUACCACGAGGUGAAUUCCAGCGUGGAGGACGAGGCCUCCUGUCAUGUCUCCUGUCACCAGGUGCACUCACCGGAGUACGACAGAGAUCGGAGGAUGGCACCGGGCCUCAUUACAUACCAUGCCUGUUGUCAAACGAUAACGUCUUUUAAGUCUGAACAAUAUCUUCUAAAUGUGUUCGGUAAGAAGAAGAAGAUAGCCCAACUUCAUUCCCUUAAGCAGUUUUUCAAGGUCGAACAAUGUCAACAUGUGUCGAACUUCAUGUACGGAAAGUGCCUACAGAGGUAUGAGUCUGCAACCGCUGUCACUGAAGACCCACAACGUGGUAUCCAUGACAACCUGAAGUACACAAUAGAAUGGGUACAGGUACCCGGAUGCUGCAAGUGUAUUAACAAGUAAAGAGACAAUUGUAUGAAAAUGUAAAAUAAAAACACGU